CGCAGCUCGGCGCGGCUCGCAGGCAGGUGCUCACCGGUGGGAAGGGAGGGAGGGAGGGGAGGCUUGGGUCGAAGGGGAGACCCCCGGAACCAGCACCUCCUUCCAGCACCAACCAGGGAAUUUACUCUUUCAUGCGGCCACUGGGAUCUCUGGACUAGCCUGGCCACGGCGUUGUGAUUUUUUUUGCAAUCUCUGCAAUACGCUACCUUUUAAGGUCAAGAUGUUGUUAAAUAUAAAAGGCAUCAUAUGGAUGUGCUCUACAUUAGCUAUAACUUAUAUGCUACCUAAAGUUAAGGCAGAAAAAAAAACCCUGGUGAAGGGAUCCCUCUCUGGAACGUCAGUCCUUCCAUGCUUCUUUUCAACCACACCCACCAUAGCCUCCAGCUACGCAGCCGAGUAUCUUCGAAUCAAAUGGUCAAAGGUUGAACUGGAUAAAAGCGGAAAAGAUGCAAAAGAAACCACAGUCCUUGUGGCCCAGAAUGGGAACAUCAAAAUAGGCCAGAACUACAAGGACAGGGUGUCAGUUCCAACCCAUUCAGAGGAGACCGGUGAUGCUUCACUGACUUUCUCUAGGCUGCGUGCAAGUGAUGCAGGGGUGUACCGCUGUGAUGUGAUGUAUGGAGUUGAGGACACACAAGGCAUUGUAUCGCUGGCUGUUGAUGGUGUAGUAUUUCACUAUCGUGCAGCCACCAGCAGGUACACUUUGAAUUUUACGCAAGCUCAGCAGACUUGUUUGGACAAUGGUGCUGUCAUAGCAAGCCCAGAGCAACUGAAAGCAGCAUAUGAAGAUGGAUUUGAACAGUGUGAUGCUGGCUGGUUGUCUGACCAGACUGUUAGAUAUCCAAUUAGACAUCCAAGGAUUGGUUGCUUUGGAGAUAAAAUGGGAAAGAAAGGAGUCAGAACAUAUGGACGCCGUUUUCCUAAUGAAACUUACGAUGUGUACUGCUAUGUGGAACACAUGCAAGAUGAAGUUGUUCAUGUUUCUGUUCCUGAGAAGCUCACCUUUGAGGAAGCAAAAGAGCUAUGUCGGAAAAGAGAUGGUGUUCUUGCUUCUGUUGGAAACAUGUAUGUUGCCUGGAGGAAUGGCUUUGACCAGUGUGACUACGGCUGGCUGGCGGAUGGAAGUGUUCGCUACCCUGCCUCUGUGGCUAGGCCCCAGUGUGGCGGAGGUUUACUUGGGGUGAGAACCCUGUAUCGCUAUGAGAACCAAACAGGCUUUCCUUACCCAGAUAGCAAGUUUGAUGCCUACUGCUACGAACGUAAAAAAAUUGUAUCAGAGCCUACAACUGUUAAGCUGGUUACAACUCUGAAAACUGACAGUGUGAAACUAUCAACUGCUAAAGUUACUCUUAAACCUUCUGUUUUUGAGAGUUCGGUUACUGAAGUGGCUGUCACCAAAACAAAGGUCCCUGCUUGGGAGGAAGCAACCCUAGAGAAUGAAGAUACAAAAAUGACUACUGAAGUGGCUGAGGAGAAAAGGGAAAUGGAGGUGCUUAUGGAGAACAUUAAGUUAACCACCCUUUUACCUCAGACUGUCACAGAUGGUGAAAUAAGCCCUUAUGAUACGCUGGGAAGGACUGAAUAUGAUGUUUCACCUAGGUUAACAGAGAGCACAUCUGCAGCUUUGGAAGUGGAGCACACUUACUCUGAAGCAGAAUUGUCCGAGGAACAAGGUAGGUCUGAAAGCACUGAGGACGCUUUCUUGACCUCUGUAGUUUUUCAGGAUAGCACAGCUGUAGCUAAGAGUUCCACUGGUUCGUGGGAAGAUAUUGAAACAGGAGAUACACAAAAACAUGAUGCUGAUAAUCAGACUGAACAAAUAGAAGUGGGUCCUCUGAUGACAGCUACAGAUAGCUUGGUACCAGCUUCUCAGAGAGAGUUACCCAGGACAGGGACUUCAGUUUCACUAACAAAAGAAAAUCUGUAUCUUGGUUCUCACUCAACAAAAGAACCCACAAAAAAAUCAAUGGAAGCAAAAUCUGACAAGAAACUUACAACUGUUGUAAUCCCUAAGGCUUUAUUCACUGAUCAGUAUGAUCUUACUACAGAGGGGGAGGGAAGAGAGAGCAUGUACACCAUUAUGCCUGAUAGAAUUUCUGGCGUGGCUCUGGUUAGCAUCGCAGAAUCUGAUGUGCCUGCUGUAUCAGAGACACUCAUAGAUGAGCUUGCGGUAACCACUGGACAAUCUUCUACAGCAGAUGAGUCAACUCCAUUCAUUAAAUUUAGUUCGUCUGCAACUGUGUUUGAUAAUGAGGCAUCAGCUGAGGGAAGCAGAGAGGAUUUAAAAGAUGUGCAUCACACUACGUCAUCUGGAAUACCUGUAUCCUUUUCUGUAUUCACUGCCAAUGAAACAGGAUCUGUUCUCACAGAAGGUACCAUUGCCCCACAAAAGUUUGAAGAAGGCAUCACGUCUGUUCUUCACUCAUCUCAGCAAACAGAAGGAUCAGCUAUUUUAGAAAAGCAGGAAAAAACAAAGGAGCCAGAAGUGAAGACAAUAGAUGAUAAAGUCCUUUAUGUCACAACUGUUUUUCCUGCUUCUGUUAGUGCAAGAUCUGAGGGACGUUUCAUAAGUGAGAAGUUCACACACACUCCUCCAGUUUCUGGCAUGUGGCUACAGACAGAUAAGGAUCAGGGCUAUAUAACAGAAGAAAUAUCUCAUACUAAGAGAAUUGAGCUAGACUCUGAAGAUGGUAUCUCUGGAAUGGAGCCUACAUCAUCUCCAGAGCAAAUUAUAGAAUAUACAAAGCAUCUGAGAGCUUCAGUUUCAUCAGUAACGGAUGAAACCAACACAAGCAUGGAGACAGCAGAAACAAAAAGUGAUGAAGAAGCUGUAUCAGCUGAUUUUGAUUUGAGUGAAGGUACUACAGAUGUCUUGCAAACAAGCAACUCUUUAGAUUUGGAAAAGUUUACUGUAUCCAAAAUAUCAGUGGAUGAAAGUAGUGGAACAUUUAAAUCGUUUAGCUCCUCUAGUGGUACUGUGUUACCAACUGCUGUGCCCACUGUCCUGGAGGUGACUGAUCAUGAAGCAGAUGAAACAUCAGGACAUGUUAUGAAAAUGACUCUUUCUACCCCAGAAGGUGAACAAAGAAAGGCUACUGAGAAAUCACCAGCAACCUCUGCUGAAGAUGAAGUCUCUACAGGGAUGGAGAUCUCAAAACACACAGUGACAGAAGAAGGCCAGACAACCAGUGUGACAUCCACUGUGGAGAAGUCAGUGGCAACACUUCAGGAAAGUGGAGGAGAAACAUCUGUUGGCUUAGGAGUAACAAAGGAACCCCUUAAGUUUACAAAUUUAACUGAGAUAGAGAAUACAUUUCCACAGAGAGAACAUGAUAUUUCACUAGUUCCAGUCACUGUAGGUAGUGAGAACAUUGGAGUUACUGAUCAGACUUCUUUUGACAAUAUCAUUCAUACUGAAGCAAUAGUAACAAGUGCAAAAGCUAGUGAAGUUUUUCCAAAGGAGCUCUCCACAAAAGAUCAAGAUAGGGAACUAGGUACUGCCACAGGGUCUACCUUGUUUGUGACAUCUGUCCAAAUGCGUGAACAAACGACGACAGCAAGAUUUGAAUCAUCUCUAACAACCACUCUGGAAAAACAUGAUGAGACAGGUUCAGCCUAUGAUGAGAUGUAUCCAGCAACAGAAUUAUCAGUGCCUGCAUUAAUGCUUACAGAAUAUGGACAAGUUUCAGGGCCUGUUGUAACUAGCACAAGGUCUUCGCAUCUCACAGUGACUCCCAAGGCUGAGACUGCUACUGAGCAAGAAGAGAAGAUUACAGAAGCGAUGCCUGUAACUUUUGGUACACAGGCAAAAGUGUAUGAAAGCAAAGGAACCACCACAAGGGAAGAAGACAGAAAUAUAGGGAGCUGGAGUUCUGUGUUGCCCCCCCAUAAGAUGCUGAGUAGUCCUUCUACUGCAGGAAGCAUUAGUUUUCUGACUUUGGAAGCUUCUCCAAGUCAAACUCCAGAAGGUUCAGGAAUAUCAGAAGAGCUGGAAGAAGUCAGAACAGUUCCAUUUUCAUCUAAGGCAACAGUUAAAACAACUGUGCUCAGUGAUGUAGAUACAUCAUCUGUUAGUGCUGUAGAGAAAAUUCAGCCUACCUCAGCAUCCAAACCUUUUGUUUCUCUCAAGACGCCACGUAUUAUUCCUGAGGAAGAUGAGGAGGUAACAAGCAGUGACGUCAUAGUAAUUGAUGAAUCUAUUUCUGCAAGUAAAGCCACUGCUGAAGAUGAUCUGACAGGAAAGAUGGUAGAACCAGAAAUUGAUAAGGAAUAUUUCACAUCAUCAACUUCUACUGCAGUUUCACGUCCUACUGCCCCACCCACAGUGAUGGAGGCCACAGAGGCCUUGCAACCACAAGAGAUUACUCCUACUUCACAGCCUGAUAGUGGAACUGACAUAAGAUUGUAUGUUAUUCAAAUCACAGGCAAUGAUACAGAUCAUCCGGUGAAUGAGUUUUUGGAUCUGUUCAGUCGCCACAUUCUUCCUCAUGCAGUAGAUGAACCCCAUACUGAUGCAGAAUCAUCUCAGACUGAACCCUGUACUUCAGACUCUGUGCAGGAUUCAUCUGAAUAUAUAAUAUUGGAUCCUUUCUUUCCAAACUUUAUGGACUUUGAAGAGGAGGAAGAAGACUGUGAAAAUACUACUGAUGUUACAACUCCUCCAGCUUUGCAAUUCAUCAACGGAAAGCAACAAGUGACAAGUGCACCUAAAAGUACAAAAGCUGAGGAAGCAAGAAGUGAUCAAAUUGAAAGUGUCGCACAUUCAAAAAAUGUAACCUUUUCACAAAUCAAUGAAACAAAUACCUUUAUAAUAUCUGAAACUGAAGCUUCUGGUACAAUGCAGCCAAGCAAAGCUGGAGAAGUAAUGGGGGCAUUUGAAGUCACACAACCGACAGCAGAUGUUGCAAUGUUAGAACCAGUAUAUAGUGGUGAAUCAGAAGUUACCACAACAGACAAAUAUUUAGAGUUCACUUCUAUGUAUGAGCAGUCACCACAAAAAAAUAAGGAGACUGUAAUGUGGCAUGGAUCUGAGGAGAGUUCUACCAAAGACACAAAAAAUUUGCUUUUGAUUGAUAGUGAAUCUUCUGGAGAUGGCUCCACUGAAUCUGAUUUGUCUAGGUCUGUGUUCACAGAAAUUGUGACAAUGUCAAGUCAUGAAGAUAAUGAAAAAUUUUCUGGUACAACUUCUGUUCCUAGUGCCAUUUCUGUGGAAAGUUCUGCAGUAACUGCUGCUCCAAGUGCAGGUUUUGAUACUGCUACUGUAGGCAUAGCUGUGAAAGACUUUAUUCCAAAAGAUGGGACCACCACUCCGGGAAAUUACUAUAAAUCAACUAUUAAACUUGAUGCAGAGUACCCUUUUGAAAGCAACGUGGAAGCAACAACUCAUGCAACAAAGACUGAGAUGAGUGCUUCUUCUUUUCUAGAUCUAGAAGGUUCUGGGGAUGUAGAAGAGAACAGCACUUUAGCUUCAGCCACAACAGAAACAGCAGUUGCAGAAACACUUUCAGUGCAAGAUAUUUCUCUGGGUUCUGGCACAUUACUGCCAACAGAAAUUUCUGUAAGCAUUUCAGAAAUCACCUCUGCUUUGCCUGGAGGAGGAAGAAAUCUUUAUUCUACUUUUGAUCAAAGUUCUGAAGCAACUGUUUCCACCACUUUUGUGUCUGAAUUAAUUACGGAGCAACUAGUUGGCAGCUCUGUUGCAACUGAAAAGAAAGUUGAAGAUGAAAAAGAAUUACAGACUACUGUUUAUUCAAGUCAGGAAAUUUCAGCCACUGCUGCAAAUGGAAAAUCAGAACUGGGUGAGCUUGGAAGCACUACUAAUGAAGUCAGAACUGUAAGUCAGGAACAGAUCCCUCUCAGAAAAACAGUACCAGUAACAGGUACCAUGCAUUCUGAAAUCAAAAAGGUUACCACCUCUCCUUUCUUGAGAGAAAAGAAGCUUUUUGUAAAUGAAGGAUCAGCUGAAGAACCAGCAGACUUAUUUUCAGGGAGUCCAACAAGAAAAGUGGUAAGUACUGACUCCCCGUUUACUGAUUCAGGUUCUGGAGACAUAGAUGUUAUCAUUGAGUCUGCUGCUUUGACUUCAGUUCCAUCAAGGUCUAUCAUGGAAACACAAACAGUAAGACAUGAAGGAAAUAUUUAUGUCAUCAAUGUUUCACUGAAGAAUGCCACAACAGAAUAUGAAGAGCACAUAGGAAGAAGUGAACCAGCAACAUCAGUUUCAAGUACUGGGUCAGAUGGCUUAACAAAGGAUUCUGAAGUAGCAAUUCAGAUGUCUGAGAAUGUCUUUAGUAAAGAAAACCAAGGAGAACAAACACAAGAAGCAGAACCAACUCACACAGCUCCUUCUGACAAUAAACCAAGACUUGGUUCUAGAAGAGAGGUAACAUCUCAUGUUGCACCAGUAAUUAGAACAAAGGAUUUACAAAGAGCUGAAGUCACGUCAUCUCCAGAAUCAGUUGUUAAUAACAGUACUCUUGACACCAUGGUGACAUAUGAUGGCAUAAAAGCAGUAACCGAGUCUACAGAAAGCAAAAAGGGAAAAGGUAGCUUUUCAACCGUUUCUUUGGGUAAAAUUCUAAUGAUUGAGCAUGGCUCUGGAGAAGAACUCAAAGCUGACAGCAGCACCACAAAACUAAUGUCUAAUGAACCUACGGAAAAAGUGCAUUUUUCACUUUUUGAUCAGGGAUCUGGAGAAGCAGAAACUUUAACUGAAUCAUUUACAAAAGCAUCAGUUUUACCCACUGGAAAACCAGAACCACAAGAGCAGUAUGACAGAAAAGCUGUCAGCAUGCCAUCUGCUGUGGUUCAUGCCUUCACUGCUGAACCUAAUGAGCUAGUCACAAAUCCUGAAUAUGACAUCACCAUUUUGCGAACUGUAACUGAUACAAAAAUGGAAGAGAAAACAGCUAAUGAGCUGACAGUGACAUCUUUUGCUACAAAUCUUCCUGUGUCAGAAGAUGUGCAAUCAUGGCAAGACAGACCAAGCGAAAUUUCAACAAAAGCAAUAGAAUCUUCUGGAGAAGCAAUGGAGGAUCCAUUCUUCAGAAGUACACAGGCUAACCAUGAACAUGUGGAAUUUUUAGAUGUUCCUACUAUCAGACCAUAUUCAGAAGAAAACAAAGUAGAAGCUGAAUCUGGUGAAAAAAUAUUGUUGCCAUUUAAUAAUGACAGAGUUACUGAGUCUGCAAUAAUUGAAAGGAAAUACUUAACUUCUCCUGUUGAAGGUACGGAGGAAGAGGAGAAGUUGGUACAAAAUAUUUUUCCCACAGAAGAUAUUCCCAGAUUACUCCUGACACCUAAAGAAGAAAAACCAACAAACAAUGAUCUCAUCAGUGAUCCAUUAUUUUCAGGACAAGGAUCGGGAGAUGAGUUUACUGUUAUUUCUUCAGUGGAGUCACUGGCUGUCAAAGAAACCACAAAUACUUUAAGUCCUCAGUCUUUUCUUCCUGCAAGUGUAGGACCCAAACUUUCCACUGACAUGACACAAGUCUUUGAAAAUGGAAGCACUGAAUCAAAUGCUGAAAUUAAUGGAGAAAUUAGAACUACUGCAGCAGAGCUGCUGACAGAAACUGCAUACUCAAUGGCCACCAGUUCCCCAGCUUUAGAAGAAGAGAGUUCCAAUCGCUCCAACUCUAAAGACAAAGAGAUAACACAUUAUUUUGUUGUGAUUGAAGAACCUUACAAUAAGGAAAUGGACCAUAGGAGGGGAGAAGAUGAAACAAACAGGCCAGUAGCUACUCCUGGAGAUGUUUCUCAUGAGGAAUCUUCACAUAUGGUGGCUACAGAUGACAUAACUCCUGUUUCUGUAAUACUGAGUGAAACUCCUUAUCUUGAAAUGGGAAAAUCUCUUUCAACCUCAGCAACAAAAAUGCCAAGCAGAAUAUUUCCUGAAAGUUCUGGAGAGGGAUCUGGUCAGGAUGGUGUUUCAGAUUCAUUUCCCCCUGAUGCAUUUACUCAUUUUACAAUACCUCCUGUGACAGAAGUCGAACUAACUGCUUCAUCUCAGGUUCCUGAGGAAAUUUAUCCUAAAGUUAUGACAACAGAUGCACCAGGAGAUGGAUCACAGACUGUGAUCACAGGAUUAGGUUCACUUUUUACAGAAGAAAAAGAGAUUGUGGCAAAUCAAACUGCUGCUGAUCCAAAGACAGCUACAUCAGAAGAGCUGACAAGUGAUACUGGGAUGUCACUGGAUAUUAUUCCAGUGGUUGAUGAUAGAAGACAUCUUACACUGAAUGUUUCUGUUUAUGGUGAUAUUACACUAAUUGAAGAACGACUUCAAAUCCCAUCAGAAAAAACAACUAUUAUAGACAUGGAUCACUCCAAGUCAAUGCCUGAAGAUAUAAUAAGUGUGCAGACAACGCCAAAUCUCGCCAUACAGUCAACGUAUGGCAGUGAUGAUAGCAUGAAAGCUGAAGAGGAUAAGUAUGAUUCAACACUUAAUUUUUCUAUAAUUGAAGAGAAUAUAUCUAGAUCUGGUGAUAAUCUUUCUUUGACUACUUCCAUUCAGCCAAAUAGUGAAUCGGUGACAGCUGGACAUGGACCAAAAUUAGUAGACAAGGAUGUAGGUUCAGGGUAUGCUAUGCAGUUUGCAACAGAAACUCUCACAACUACCAUACUCAAUGAACUGGGAAUUUUCCUUCCAACAGUACCCGCGCUGGUAAGCCCCCAUAUGCCUCAUGACUCUAAAGAAUCUGAGUUCGAGGCCAAACAUGUUGGAAGCACAAGCAGUGCAGAUGAUAUGCAUGAGCUUUAUACUUCAGCAAACAACCAAAUAGUAACAGAUCAAAGUGAAACAAUGUCUGUUACUGGGUUUUCUGGAAUGGGCCAAGAAGAAUCAGGUGAUAAAAAGCCUGUGGUUCCUUCCCUCACACCAGAUUUGUCUAUGGAGACAGAAGAGGCUUUGACAACUGACACAUUUGAUGUAAGUAUGGUCACCACACAGAGUAUGUCCCAACAUGCAACUGUAUCAUCUAGCAGUAGUGAAGAAAAGCACUCUACAGUAUAUGUACAAACAAAAUCAGCGUCAGCAGCAGAGUAUGAAGAAACAGACUCAGUAAGUUUAAAUUCUGUUUCUCAAAAUCCCAAAUCCUCGGUAACUGUUCAGUUAGUUAACGGAGUAUCUGAAUAUCCUGAGGUAAUCAUUCCAAGUACAUCAUCUGCAAAGGAUUCAGAUCAGUCUGAUCACUCAUCAGAUGGAACUUUCAAAGAGGUUAGUUCUGAUAUUGCAGCAACUUAUAAACCACCCACAACAGACCUAGAUACAACAGAGUCUUCUCUGAUAGAGUUUUCUUCUGAGCCUGAAUCAGAAAGCAUAACUACUGAAAGUACUCUUCACUUUAAUAAACUUGUAACAGAGAGGUCAGAGGAGACAGAAUCUUCUGUAAAUGAUCUGAUUACUGAGGAAAAUGCUACUGUUUCUGGAGAUUCUCCAUCAAUAGGUGACUACCCUACUGCUUUUCUGAAUUUUGGAGAAAGAACAAGCACAGAUAUUCCAAAACUUAGCACCAUAGAAGUUGAAUUUUCUUCAGAGAGAGUGAAAAAUCCCAGUCAAGAAAGUGAUAGGAGUACUGAGAGAGAGACACCAAGGCUUUCAUCCACACCUGCUUCAGAUUCACCUGACAGUAUAGAAGUUGGAGUAUUUAAACCUGACCAGGAAACAGUUACAAUGCUAACUUCAUCUUUAGAGCCUUUGGACAGAAGCUUCGAAACACAGUCAGCUUUGCUUGGUCGACAGGAGAUCACAACAGUUUCUUCUAACAUUGCAACAAACAAUGCAGCCCCUGGAAAUAAUCCUUAUUCAAAUGAACAGUCAACAAUAAGCUCUGAGGAGCUAAAUACUAUUGAACUUGUAACUUCAUCAUUUUCUCUUCCGGAAGUCACUAAUGGAUCAGAUUUCCUGAUUGGCACAAGUAUGGGUUCGGUUGAAGGCACAGCAGUGCAAAUUCCAGGACAAGAUCCAUGCAAAAGUAAUCCCUGCCUUAAUGGUGGUACCUGCUAUCCACGUGGUUCAUUUUACAUUUGUACAUGUUUGCCAGGUUUCAAUGGUGAGCAGUGUGAAUUAGAUAUUGAUGAAUGCCAGUCUAACCCAUGCCGCAAUGGAGCCACAUGUAUAGAUGGUCUCAAUACUUUUACUUGCCUGUGUCUACCAAGCUAUAUCGGUGCUCUCUGUGAGCAAGACACAGAGACUUGUGAUUAUGGUUGGCACAAGUUCCAAGGACAGUGCUACAAAUACUUUGCCCACCGACGUACCUGGGAUACGGCCGAGAGAGAAUGCCGCCUACAAGGGGCCCAUUUGACAAGCAUUUUAUCCCAUGAGGAACAAGUCUUUGUGAACCGUAUUGGGCAUGACUACCAGUGGAUUGGCCUCAAUGACAAAAUGUUUGAGCGUGACUUCCGCUGGACUGAUGGUAGCCCACUGCAAUAUGAGAACUGGCGACCAAACCAGCCAGAUAGUUUCUUUUCUGCUGGAGAAGACUGUGUUGUUAUAAUAUGGCAUGAGAAUGGACAAUGGAAUGAUGUUCCAUGCAAUUACCACCUGACCUACACCUGCAAGAAAGGAACAGUUGCCUGUGGUCAACCUCCUGUUGUAGAAAAUGCAAAGACCUUUGGGAAGAUGAAACCUCGUUAUGAGAUUAACUCCCUUAUUAGAUAUCACUGCAAAGAUGGUUUCAUCCAGCGUCAUAUUCCAACCAUACGCUGCCAAGGGAAUGGAAGAUGGGAUAUGCCUAAAAUUACAUGCAUGAAUCCGUCCACAUACCAAAGGACUUAUUCUAAGAAAUACUACUAUAAACAUUCUUCGUCAGGAAAGGGAACAUCAUUAAAUUCAUCGAAACACUACCAUCGCUGGAUCAGGACGUGGCAGGACUCAAGGCGCUGAGUGCUAAAUGGUGAAUGGGGAUUUCCACCAUUUCAGCCAAAGUUGUAACUUUCUGUGCCUUUUCUAUCACUUUUAGGAGUAUUAUGAAAUUGUUUUGAAACUACGGACUCCGGUAUUCACAAUGCAUUUUGCAAAAAUAUUGUGUUUAUCAGAAAAUUUUAAAAAGUAUAUAGAGGAGAAGUGCUUAUGGGGAUAAAAAGAAACCAUUUCCAGCCUAUAAUGAUCAUUAGUUUUCUAUAUGCCAUCAGUGUGGACCAUUUUAUGAUACUCACCAGCCUUUUGCAAUAUUUAAACAGCUCAAUUUUAGCACCAAUGAAAAUGUAAAUAAGAUGAUUUUAAUGUUUAAUUGUUUUUUGUUUUUAAAAUCCUGUAUAUAAAAUGAAAAGUCACACUAAGUUCGGGCAUAUUUAUGGUUAGAAUGGCCUUAGAGGUCUUCAGUCAUUUAUGACAUUGUUUUUAUGUUUACUUAGGCUGGAAAUGGUGGAAAUAACUUUACUGACUGAAAUUUGCUAUUAACAGGUGAAGAUAAACACAAAAGUUACAUGAAUUUUUUUAAAAUGCAAACUGUGACAGUUAUCAUUCAAGGUACAGUUUGUGUCCAUGUGAAGCAAAAUUUAGAGCACAUAAGCGGGGAUAUAGCAUGAACUAGGGACUGCAAUGUGGAACUUUUUUUCUGCUCUCCAUUCCAGCCUCAUCAUUCGUGAGAAAGGACUGCAUGGAGGACUUAUAUAUGACAAGGAGGGCCUGUAAAAAUCCAAGUGCUAAUACAUUAACUUUAUCAACCAGGGCCACCUUUUUUGAAAGAAAGAAAAAAGAAAAAAGAAGAAAAAAAUGACUUUCACAACAUUAAUUACAAGGUCUAUAUUACAGGUCUCUGCAUUCUAAAAUGGAGAUAGACCUAGUGUUUGGGGGAUCAAUUUUUGUAAAAAACAAACAAAAUCAAAAAAGUAAAUAAUUUUGUAUAUAUAACCAUUUUUUAAUCUUUUUAUAAAGUAAUGAAUGUUUGUGUAUGAAUGCUGCAGCUGUGAAGCGUACAUAAAUAAAUGAAGUAAGCCAUA